AGAUAUCGCAAAAAAGAUACGUACUACGUUUCAGAAUACAUCAAAAAAAAUAUUUUGCUAUGUAAAAAGAUUUGAUACUUAUAUCUGACAGCUUUCCUUCUAUGCUAGUAUAUUGUGUCAAAAAUUAAAAAUAUGUACAUACGUACAUACAUUUGUAAUACAUACAUAAUUUUAUUAUUUUAUAAAGCUUUGUCGUGAAUUAUUUGAUAAUAAUUAAUUUUUUUACUUAUAAAUAUUAUGAUUAUUAUGAUAAAAAAUUUUUAAACUUUGUAUGUUUUAUAGCUAGUUAUGAGUAGAUUCUUAAGAAAUAGUUCUCUUAUAUGCUACAUGCAAUGUAGGAAAAUGAGUAAUACAAUUCAAAUAGAUGUUAAGCAAGGAAGUGUAAUAGGUGAAAAAAAACAAUUACAAAAUGGACAUUCAUUUUAUUGUUUUAAGGGGAUUCCAUAUGCUAAAUCGCCAAUCGGUGAUUUGCGAUUUAAGGCACCACAACCACUUCUAAAAUUUGACAAAGAUGUUUUGGAUUGCACGCAUGAAAGAGAUGUUUCAUUUCAUAAGGACCCUUUUACAAGUGAUUUAGUUGGUUCGGAAGAUUGUUUGUUUUUGAAUGUCUACACUCCGAAAUUAAAAUCAGAAACGCCGCUUCCAGUUAUGGUUUGGAUUCAUGGAGGGGCUUUUCUUAUGGGUAGUGGCAACAGUGACUUUUUUUAUCCUCGAUUUUUAAUGGAUGAAGGUGUUGUAGUUGUAACAUUGAAUUACAGACUUGGAAUGUUUGGUUUUUUGUGUUAUCCAAAAUCUGGAAUUUUGGGAAAUGCUGGUUUAAAAGAUCAAGUAAUGGCUUUGAAAUGGGUUAAAGCAAAUAUUGAACAGUUUAAUGGUGAUCCAAAUAAUGUUACUCUCUUUGGACAAAGUGCAGGAGCAGCAGCAAUUCAUUUACAUCUGCUCUCAGAAAUAUCAAAAAAAUACUUUGAUAAAGCUAUAGUUCAAAGUGGAAGCGCAAUAAACGAAUGGGUUAUUCAGAAUAAUCCUGAAUACAAGGCGAAAAGAUUAGCUGAACUUAUGGGAUUUAAAGGGCCGGAUGAUAAGCUGGUAGAGUUUUUAAUAAAAACAAAACAACCUGUCGACAUUUAUAAACAUUUACUAGGAGUACUUACUCCAGAUGAACGCAGACGUGGUUUACCUAUGCCUUUUAAACCAGUUGUAGAAAUUCCUUCUAGUGAAGCUAUCAUUACGAAAAGGCCAAUUGAUUUAUUAAAAAGAAACGAUAGUAUUGAUAAACCAGUAAUGAUGGGCUAUACGUCGGCAGAAGGUAUUACAAUGUUAGCUAAUGCUAUAAAAAAAUUGGAUACGAUUGAUUCUGAUUUGGCUAGUUUAAUUCCUAGAAGUGUUAAUUUAGAACCAAAUGAUCCAAAUUGCUUGACUUUAGCCACAGAAAUGAGAAAAUUUUAUUUCAACAAUCAGAAAAUUGAUUCAAAAUCAUUGGAGUCAUUGAAAGAUUUGCUAACGGAUUAUCAUUUCACAAUAGGACUCCAAGCUGUAGCUGAAAUUCAUUCACGGUAUAACUGUAAGUCACCAUUGUUCUUCUAUAAAUUUUCAUAUGUUGGGGGAUUAAAUAUGUUUAAGAAGUGGUUUCAGCUAGAAAAAUUAAAAGGUGCUUGUCAUGGUGAUGAUUUAUUUUAUCUUUUCCAAAUGGCAAAUCUUGAGGAUACUCUCAAUCCAGGAGCAAAUGACAAAAAAAUUGUAAAAGUUAUAUGUAAGCUUUGGACAAAUUUUGCAAAAUAUAGUAAUCCGACUCCAAAUGAAGAUGACUCCUUAAAAUUCAAAUGGAAACCUGUUAAAAAUAUAAAAAACAACGAAAAGUUUACUUUGGAUUAUUUAAAUAUCGAUAAUGAAAUACAAAUGAAACAGGACCCUGAUAAAGAAAGAAUACAAUUCUGGAGAGAUAUAUAUCAAACUUGGAAUAAAGACUUUCUUCGACCUAAAUUAUAAAUAUAGUAAUAAUAAUAAAUUUAUUUACAUAAUUUUAUAAUGUGCAAAAUUUUGUAACCUGGAGUUGCGCCUGUUUUUACAACCUGUAACUUUUUAAAACAAGCAUUUAUUUAUGUAUGAUUAUGUGUUAUGUAUGUGUUGCAAAUUUUUGUGUAUUUUUAAGGCAUCAAGCAAAUAGAAACACAAAUUCUGGAUUUAU